AUGACGAAAGCAGAGAAGGAAACUAAUAUAGCUACAAACACACCAAAAGAAGAGAAAGCCAGCUAUGAAAAGUACCGGACAAAUUCUAUUUUGGAAGGUAAGCAGGGGGAAAUAGCCUCUGUGACAGGUGCGGGGUUGGACUUGCACCACGUACAGCAAGGAAAGCACUUAGGCUGUCGCUUUUAUGGCCACGCGCCGGAGAACAUCCUGACGGAGGAACAAGUGAACGCCGACAGGGGAACGAAGGUCACCCUCAAGUGCUCUGCCGAAGGAAACCCGACGCCGAAGCUCACCUGGUCUAGGAAACCUCCAACCCCUAAUAGGGGAACGAAGGUCACCCUCAAGUGCUCUGCCGAAGGAAACCCGACGCCGAAGCUCACCUGGUCUAGGAAACCUCCAACCCCUAAUAGCACCGAGCAGAUUAUCAGCAAGGGCGUGGGCGUGGCUAAGCUGAGCAUCGGGAGUGCGUCGAGGGCGGACACGGGCGUCUAUCUCUGUCGGGCGUCGAACCUGGUGGGCGUCUCCGAGCCUUCCGCCACGCGCGUCGUUGUCACUCAUCUACCCUUGUUUGCUGCUGAUCUGAGCGCAACAGCGGAAAGCUUAUUUGGCCCCAAACUCUCCACCAGAAAUGUGUGUGCAGAACCAACAGAGCUGUUAAUUCGUUGUGAUGUUUGA